AUUCAAUGAGCAAAUUUGACGUUAGAAGUAGUUUGAAGUUUCUAGGUUAGCUUUGAGUAGAAAUAACAAUUUAUGUGUUUUAUUUUACAAAAUGUUAAUAAAAAAAGUGCAAUUUGCAACUACAAAUCACUUUCAUACCUUCUUUAGAUGUUUGUCAGCAGUAAUUCAAAAAAGGGUACCAGACAAUGGCAUAGAAGCAACCGAACUAGAGCUUGUUAAUCCUCAAAAUGAUACUCCUAUGAAAAAGUCUCCUUUGGAGAAGUGUACUGAGGACUUAUCUGAGAUAUCACCCUAUUUUAUGCCUACAUUUAACUUCGCUGCCUACGUCAAUAAAUCAGAAACCCUACAGGAAUUGUUAAAGUUGGGUGUUAACUUGUACAAAUUAGAAAAGAAAGUAACAGUUGUUCCCUUAAUUCUGAAAUUAGAUUUUGAGAAGAAUGUUAAACCACUUGUUACCUUUUUACAUGAAUUUGGUGUACCCAUUAAUGAAAUAGGUCAUUUCAUUACUAAAAAUCCAUUCAUCUUCAAAGAAGAUUUAGAGAAUAUGGAAGCACGAAUCAAUUAUCUAUUUUCCAAGAAGUUCACAAAGGAAAUGAUACUUAGAAUAGUGACUUUAAAUCCUUUCUGGCUUAACUUUAGUAUUGAGAGAAUUGACAAAAGACUUGGAUUUUUUCAACAAAACUACACAUUAAAAGGCAAUGAAGUUAGAACACUAGCAACCAUAAGUCCUAAAUUGAUUACUUACAAUUUGAGACAGAUUAAAGCAAAUACUUUUGCCAUUAAAGAAGAAAUGGGUUUUGAUGAAGAUGAAGUUAAAUCACUUCUCCUAAGUACACCAAAAAUUUUUAUGAAAGAUCAGAAUGGAGUCCUUAAAACUUUUGAGUUUAUUCACAAAACUAUGGGCAUCUCUCAUGAUAUGAUUCUGAAAGUACCAGAAAUUUUGACUUUCAGGGAAUUUAGAAUAAAAGAGAGGCACACAUAUCUAGAAACAUUAGGAAAAGCCCAAUAUAAUCCUAGGGAGCCAAAUUAUGUUGCACUUGUAUCAUUAGCUGGAGGUUCAGAUGCUGAUUUCUGUGAUAAAGUUGCUAAAACGUCUGUUCACUCUUUUAAUAUCUUUCUGAAAACAUUAUAAUGUUUCUAUAGUAUUAGAUGUAAAAUAAAAUUGUUUAAUAAAGCCCAUAAAAAUUAAAUUCAGCAUC